AUGGAACUUGCUUUAAGCUUAGGUGAUACUCCAAAAUUACCUUUUUCUUUUCUUGACAAAUCCACCAAUGAUCCAUCACCACCAAGUUUCUUCUUGAGAACUUCUGAGGAAAAAACAAGUUCCUCAGAUCCACCUAUUCAACUAGACCUUCUUCCUUUCACUCCUGUUCUUAGAUCUCACCACCCUUCUCAUCUUCCCGUUCCAUGGCUCACCCAACCAUGUGCACCGGUGAGGGAGCUAGAUGUGAACCGUUUUCCGGCGACGACGGAAGAUGUCGACGACGGCGCGUCACUGUCAUCACCCAGCAGUUCUGUCUCCCCGUUUCCGAUGGACUUCAGUAUGAGAAACACCAAUGCUGAAUAUGGAGGAAGAAACAAGAGAGAAAACGAAGGUGAAGCUGAAAGAGUCAGUGACGACGACGAAAACGGGUCAACUCGGAAGAAACUCAGACUCUCUAAAGACCAGUCAGCUUUUCUAGAAGAAAGCUUCAAAGAACACACAACCUUAAAUCCAAAACAAAAACUUGCACUAGCAAAACAGUUGAAUCUCAGUCCUCGUCAAGUGGAAGUUUGGUUUCAAAACCGAAGAGCAAGGACGAAGUUGAAGCAAACAGAAGUGGAUUGUGAGUAUUUGAAGAGAUGUUGUGAGACAUUAACAGAAGAGAAUAGAAGGUUACAAAAGGAGCUUCAAGAGCUUAGAGCAUUGAAAACUACUCAACCAUUCUACAUGCAACUUCCAGCUACCACCCUCACUAUGUGUCCUUCUUGUGAACGUGUGGCUACAAAUCCUUGCAACAAUCAAACCAACAAGACAAGGGGAUUGCCUUUCUCUAAUGGUCAGGCUCAACCACAGGCCCAGGCCCAUGCCCAACUUCAAGCCCAUCAGAUUCCUUCAUGA